AUGGUGCUCCCGAUGAACACCGGUGCUGAGGCUGUCGAGACCGCCAUCAAGCUCGCGCGCAAGUGGGCAUACCUGAAGAAGGGCGUCCCCGAGGGCAAGGCCGUCGUGCUCAGCGUCAAAGGGAACUUUCACGGUCGGACUGUCGGGGUCAUCAGCAUGAGCACUGAUCCCGAGAGCCGAGCCGGCUUCGGUCCCACGUUCACGGAUGGCGAGGAACUGCGGACCAUCCGAUACAAUCACUUCGCUGAUCUCGAGCCGGGUAUCGUCGUACCCGACGCCAGGUACCUCAACAAAGUGCAGGUGCUCUGCAGGAAGCACAACGUGCUCUUCAUCUGCGACGAGAUCCAGACGGGGCUGUGCCGCACCGGCAAGAUGCUGGCGUGCAACUACGAGGAUUUGCUGGACGAAGCAAUUGCAUGGAGCCUGGAUGCGCAUGUGAUGGGUGGGUACGAGUUUCUCAUGCAGAACUCUGCACUCAAAGCCCAUCCACUCACCUCGAUUUCGGUGCAGAAAGAUGGAGGUGAUCUUCUACUCAAGGACGCGAAACCGCAAUUGCUUCUGGAGGGAUGGAACGAAGGUGGCGGAAACGAAGUCGUAGAAGAUGCGACGGGCGUUCCCGCAAGAAUGGGCUAUGCUGCCCUCACCAAGCGCAAUUUCCAACCCAUCGAAAGCUCCAAGGCAGCUACUGGUGUGGUGAGGACGACGGUCGUGUCCCCGGACGAUGCGCCUGCGCCGACGACGUAUCUGGGCUACAGCGGCACGAAGCCCGCGAAUGUAAUCCCUCCAGACCACCCGCACCGGACCCUGAUCGUAUGCUUCGACGGUGAGCGCGCACCGCACGGGCCGACCGCAGCAAGCAGAUGGUAUAUUACCAGUGUGUUCCGAGCGUCAACGGGGAAGUUCGAGACUCUCGCGAUAAUGCCGCAGAACGGGGGUCGGCACAUACGCUUCACCCCAGAUCAUGAUGCCGCUUUGCGCCAAGUUCGCUCAGGCAGCAUAUGGCGGUUAUGCGCUAGGAUGCGCGGUGGCCAUCACAGAUCUGCAAGUGCUGGGUCCGUCAAAGCCGAUGCCCUGGGUGAGACCUUCUACUCCGCCAUCCGCGGGCUCAAUUCUCCGCUCGUCCAGACCGUGCGCGGACGCGGCCUGCUGAACGCCGUCGUCAUGGACGAGCAAAAGGGCAAUGGGAUCUCGUUCGACGCGGACGGGCUGCGCGACAUCGGCUUGGAUCCGAACAGCUUGUACCCCAUUGUGCAGCCGUUCCCGGCGUCCCUCCCUCUCAACGACGCCAAGAUCCAACCGAUUCCGCGCUCCGUCUCGCACGCACACGCGCAUGAGUGUGAGCACGAGCACGAGCAGGCAGCACGUGACGGCGAACCUGCGGCAGCGAAGUCGGAGGAGAAACUGGACCGCAAGGACGCACUGGCGCCGACCUACGACCAGCUGUUGCUCAAGUGGUUCUGGUGGCCGCUCGAGCUGCUGCUGCUCCGGCGGCACUACCAGCGCAACAACAACGCGGCGUGGGCGACGAGCUUUGGGAUACAUGAUCUCGAGCCAACCGGACGCACAUACACCUCACCCCCGCCGCCUCGCUCAACGCAAGCGUUCAUGCCCGCGAGGGUGCUCCUAGCGUACAUGUAA